AUGAAUCGUCGAAAUCGUGGCUUUCCUUCUUCUUCUUCUUCCGAUGCUUCCAGAGUUUCGAAAACUUAUGGGAGUCAUCAGACCUCUGGUAACUCGAUAGAUGUCACGAGGACGGGAUCCGGCGGCGGAACUAGCGAUUCGAUUCGGAGAAGAUCCGAUGUACCGCGGAAACGAAACAAUGACAAAGACGUAGCAGACAACAAGGACGGAGAUCCUGCUGACGUUUCCUUCAUCGUCGGAACUUGCUCUUCUAUGUGUCCAGAUCGGGAAAGAGUCACAAGAGAACGCCUGCGUGAUCUCUCAGUGUUAGAGAGGCUUUAUGGAAACCCCACAAAAUCAUCCACAGACUUAGCUGUCAAAAAGUUUUGCAGAACCCUUUCAGCAGCGGAUGUUCAAGCAUCGGAUAUUAGACCACUCCCGGUUUUAGAAGAAACCUUGAGAUAUCUUCUAAGUUUGCUGGACUCCAGGGAGCACCCGUUUGAAGUGGUUCAUGAUUUUGUUUUCGAUAGGACAAGAUCUAUUCGACAAGAUCUUAGCAUCCAGAAUUUAGCCAACGAGAGAGUGAUCCACCUUUAUGAGGAAAUCGUUAAAUUCCACGUCAUAUCUCGCCAGAGGCUUCAGAGUUGUAGUGGUACAAGUAUAAGCUCAGUGCAUCACUUGAACAUGGAGCAGCUAGCAAAAACUCUCACCUCUUUGUAUAAUAUAUAUGAUGCAAAUAGGAAACCUGACUACAUCUACGAAAACGAAGCCGAGUUCCGUUCACUCUAUGUGCUGCUUCAUCUCAAUCCCAGUAGUGGAGUGAUGGGGGAACCACUGUCGCUGUGGUUUCGCAAGUUGACUUCUGCUUUAAUAAAAUCCAAGGAAAUAUGUUUUGUUCGAAACCUUUUAAGAUCAUAUCGGAUUGGUAACUACAAUAAUUUCUUAAGAACAGCGGCUUCUGAAGCGACAUACUUGCAGUAUUGCAUAAGCGAGCCCAUUAUUAGAGAGAUGCGAUCAUUCGCUGUGCAAUGUAUAAACAAUGUUUGCUACAAGCUUCAACCUUAUCCUCUCCUGCGACUAUCUCAGAAUCUGAUGAUGAAGGAGUUGGAUGUUGAGUCUUUAUGCCAUGAGUGUGGUCUUGAGACAUGUACUGAUUCUGAUGGGUUCACUGUGUUGCCUGCGAAGCAGUCAACCUUUAGUUGUCCAGAGGAAGGUCUCAAAGGUUAUGACUUGCUUGGAAUUGAACGGUUUAAGAGAGACUUUUGA